AUGGAGAUGAACAACGGUUCGAUCGCGACGCGCAUCGGGGGCCAAAUGGCAUCGCGUCCGAGAGGCACGUCUGGUCCAGUCCCACUGUCCACUGAACGUCUUUUCCAGGCAAAAGUGACUCGCACCCAGAAGGCCAACAACCGUGACCACGUCGGCCUCGCCAAUGGCACUGCUGCUCCAGAAGAGCAUCUUCCACGCUACUUUGCCAAAGCUGGCCAUGACGGCGUCAACCCGUCGAGCACCAAGAAGCAAGGUCAAGGCAGAGGCAAUUGGGGCACUCCAGGCUAUACCGAGCUCGAUGAUCUUCCAUACAACCUCACCAAGCCCAAGCGUCGCUCCAACUCGACCUCCAUGGCCGCCGGCCACAACCUCUUCAAGACCAAGUUCGAACAGGCCGACGAGGAUGCCGUCGAGUACGACGAGGACAUUCAUGGUCCAGAUCACGCCGAGCUGGAGAAGAUGAGCACCACUAGCUCCGCUGGUACCAUUGAAGAGGAGGAUGAGGUCAUGGAGUCCAAGUAG